UGUGCGAGUCGGACAGCCAAACUUCAGAACGUGAUCUUAGCUUGGGCGAACUGUAAUGAGGAUGUAGUACUUGAUCCUUGUCACAAGAGAUUCUUAAUACACAACUGUACGACUAAGUUGACUUCUGGAGCCGCAAUAUCUGUAUUACCCAACCGCAAGCCGCUCGUAGCCCUGAGCCGAUGGAAUUCCCGCGUGACGGCAGAAUACUAUCUCCCCGACGUCGGAAUUGGUGCCUGACACUGUCAGCCACGUGUCGGAAUCCACUGUGGCACUUGUCCAACGAGCGACGGCGUCACGCUGCCGCGCCGCGUGGCUGUUCUGUCGUGUGGGGCUGUUGCCACCGUCUCUCGUGUGCUCACUGCUCUGCUGGUUGUCGGUGCGGCUCUGCUCUACACUCUCUAGAGUCCAUGGCUCGAUAACCCAUGGCGGCUACAGAAGGCCCUCAGAUUCGUUUUAGGCCACACUGAAUUUUCAGGGUAGGUACGCUAAGGCACCCUGAAAACCCUCUGAAAAUCAGGGUUGGUACUGUUUUUUUAACUAGUAAUCCCCGUUUUUUCAGAUUCCAACGCUGAUUUUUCAGGGUUGGUACAGAAAAACACCCUGAAAAUCAGCAAAAUCAGGAGAAAAAAAAAGCAUGGAAUCUGAGGGCUCAUGACAUAUUGUAACUCUACUGCCCUCGUGACAGAAGUCUAUCUUUACAUAGAAAGAAUGACUAGAAUGAGGUGGUACAAGGGGAUAUAG